CUCUCAGGUUCCUCUCUGCUUCCACCAUGAUUGAAAUGUAGAACAUGAUCUAAUCUUUACGUUUUAGACAUGUAUAUUGAGGUUAGGUAUUGAGACACCAAUGUGUACAAGUAAAUUUGUAAAACGACGUAUAUUUUAUAUCGUUUGAAAACAAUUUUUGAAAUAUUACAUAUAUAUUCACAUAAAUGGGAUAUAUCUGAAUAUUAUAAUUAUUAAUGUAUUGUGAUUAUAUUGAAUAUUUCAUAAGGCAUUCUGUGAAUUGUAAUAAGAAAAUGGGAAGUUUAAUAGGCAUACGUUUCUGUGCUAAUUUAAGGAAUGCUCAUUUAAGGAAUUAUGCAAUAAUCUCAGCAAUAAAACCAAUAAAAAGAUAUAUACAUGAUUGUUUAUCAAGUAAAAGAAUACAUUGUCUUCAAAAUCAGCAAGGCUCUCUGAGAAUCAUCCAAUGUUAUCAUAUUUUCAAUCUUUCACUUUGCAAUUGUAUCAAAGUGAAUAAUGCAAAAGGUUUUUCUAUGACCUCUGUAUUAACAAAAAGUAAAAAUCGUGGGGAAAAGAAACAAAAGAUGCAGCACAUUGAUUAUAAUGAAUUAGAACAAGUUAUUGAUGUUAAUAAAUUGACAUCUCAACUUGACAAGGCCAUUGAAGAUUUAAAAAAUAAUUUUACUCAGCAUUUGUCCAUAAGAUCGAGUAUGGGAGCUAUUGAGAUGUUAUCUGUCAAAUUUGAAGGCAAAGAUUACACAUUGCAAGAGCUUGCACAGAUUAGUCGUAAGCCUAAAUUGGUAGUACUGAAUGUAUCUACCUUUCCACAAGCUAUCCCAGAUAUUCUGAAAAGCCUUAUGAAGAAUCAAAUGAAGCUGAAUCCACAACAAGAUGGGACUACAAUUUAUAUUCCUGUUCCUAAAGUAACAAAGGAACACAGAGAAACCUUAUCCAAGAAUGCAAAAAGCUUUUAUGUGAAAUGUUGUGACAACGUUAGACAGAUACGCAACAAACAAAUUAAGGCAAUAAAGCAAAAGGAAAAGUUAGCUAAAGAUUUAGUAUUCAGGAUAGAAAGUUAUAUAGAUAUUCUUAGUCAUCAGUAUGUAAGUAAAGCUGAAGAAAUAUUAGAAACCAAACAAAAAGAGUUAUUAGGUGAUUCUGAAUAAAUUUGUGUGAUUUCAAUCAUUUACAAUUUUUAAUUUGAAUUAUAUUGUUAAUUGCUUGAUGUAAAUGUAUACAAUAUUUGAUUAUGUAAUAAAAUGAGAAGUAUAUUUUUAUAG